AUGGCUGAUACAAGUUCAAACGAUAUCCUGACGAUGGAAAAAAUAGAAAAUAAUGUUGAGGUUGCUGGAGCUGGUGAAGCUUUAGUGUCAAACAGUAAUGACGUUGCCGAUCUUGAAUUCCAGGCGACUCAGGCAAUUUACAGGCUAGAAGAAGCCGCUGACAACCCAGCUAAUGCUGGCAAUUCUGCUUGGAAUAAUCCUUCGGGAUUUCUUAUUCAUCCCAAGACUCCGGAAUCAGUGUUGUCAUUAAUGCAGGACCUUGUAAUUCAUGAAGAUAUUCCUCAAGACGAUGAACUAGAAUCGCAAUCAAAUCAGUUAACAGCCUUGCCAACACUGACAGAAGCUGCACGAGUAGCCCUGGUGGCUCACUCGGUGUCAGCAUACGCAGUGGCUUUGCCAAGAACACACGCACAAAGACUAGCAGCUCGAUUGGCUGCGGAUACCACACGAUGGCUCAGUCACAUCUUUCAUUUCGUCGACUGCGCUUCUUCUUUUCACGAAGAUCAUCUGGAAGGCCUAGUGCGAGUGACCAGACUUGCUCUUCACAAAAAGUACCCCAAGUAUUUAGAGGAAGGGUUCUCUGCUUUGGCUUCUUCGCCCCCUCUAAUUUACAGCUCCAUCGCAGCUCCCUUGGGGGUUGUCAAGCAUCUUUGUCGACAGCUUUCACUGCCAUUGAAUUGUAUUCGUCCGAUUCCACAAAACACAAUGUUUGGAUCGCGACAAACCAUGGACAUCUCUGCGCUAGAGAGACGCUUAGUCGAGGACACAAGUAUUAACGGUGUAACGCCGCUUUUAGUAUUAGCUGAGGUCGGUACUGUCAUAACUGGGCACUGUGAUAAUGUAUCAAGACUUCGGGAAAUUUGUGACAAGUACAAUGUUUGGUUACAUCUUCGUGGUCAUUCAUUGGCUGCCCUUGCAUUAAAUAAUGCCCCUAAAGACUUGUCAAAGAACCCUUCACCGUCAAAAAUCGCUGACAGUAUUACACUGCCUCUGGGUGCGUGGUUAGGCAUACCAUCGUUACCAGUAGUAACUUUAUACAGACUAACAGACAGUAAAGGAGACAAACCGACUCAAAGAGACACAACUCUAAGUCUAGUGUCAGUCGUUGCCAGUGCUUUAGUGUUUCAAUAUGUACCGGCUGUAAAGGAAAACCAGACGUCAGAACGUGUUCUUAGUAACUCAGAUAAAUUUAAUUGCUGGCUUGGACAGAUUUUGCAAAGAGAUAUUGAGAGUGUGCCCAUUGAAUUGUGCGAGCUAGAACAGUAUGGUAUUGCUAUUAGGAUAUGUUGUUUAGAGAGUCCAGAUCCACCACCGACUUCUGAAGAUAUUGAUAAUGUUGAAGCUUGUCUUGAACAACAAAUUGAAAUUUUAAAUGCAACAGUGGAACACAAAGAAAACUUUUUAAGAUUAGUUAAACAAAACAAUUCUCUACGUUUCGUAGACUUGCCUGGAUGGGCAGGAUUAGGUGGAGUACGGUAUGAGCCACCAACGUGGGUUCAGAUUAAGACAGAUGAAACAAAAGCCGAGCUUAAUAGAUUGAAUAAUCAAUUAGUUGAAGCUUUACGCAGCACAGACGCUGCAUUUUCACUGGGAGAAGGCGAUGAUGGAUUAAGUUGUGUACGCUUUGGAAUGGUUACACAAGACACUGCAAAAUUAAUAUCGCUGGUGCUGCAAGUCGGCAGAGAAGUUGAAGCUAAUUCAAAGUUAUUAGAUACCAUUUCUGAAGUUGUCAAAAGAGGAAUCGAGACAGCGCAGACAGACCUCGAGAGAGAAAAUGCGGAAAAACUUUGGCAAGAAGGUAUUCUCAGACACGUUCCUGUUGUUGGUACUUUUGUCAACUGGUGGAGUCCACCGCCUAAAGAAAGUGUUGUUGAAAGCACAGAAAAUAUUUACAAGUACCACAUGCAAUUACAACCAAAUACAACGACCAGCAAUGGAUCUGGGGCUCGAACACCCCCACAACCACUGGUGCAAACUCCGGUCGGUGCCAGCAGUCAAAGUCACAGCAGAUCUUCAAGUCACUCGAGCUUACAGAGCAAUAAGUGUAUCUCAGCGGUUGCUAAUUCCAAUGUCUUGCAAUCUCAAGUGAAAGAGGAACUUAACGAUCCGCGAUCUAAUAAUGUAAUUUGCUUUAACGCGUUACUUUUAUGCACAACAGCUUACAAUCAUGUGCAAAAAGAUAAAUCAAGUCCUUAA